UCUCACGUCAGUUUGUUUCUCUCUCCUCUCUCUCUCUCUCUCUUACGCUAUAAGUAUCGGCCAGCAACCAAACCUUCAAUAACAACCUCUCCUUCCUUCUUCAAUAAUUACUAUAUAUCAUUAUUCCUUUCUUUUCUUCCUCUUCCUCUUCUUCUUCUUUAUGGGUGACAACAAUGUCAACCUUCCUCCCGGUUUCCGAUUCUGUCCAACCGACGAAGAGCUCGUGGUCCAUUUUCUUCAUCGGAAGGCUGCUCUCUUACCUUGCCACCCCGGUGUCAUCCCCGAUCUUGAUCUCUAUCCGUUCGAUCCCUGGGAAUUAGAAGGUAAAGCUAUGGCUGAGGGGAACAAAUGGUACUUCUUCAGCCGGAGGACACGGACCCGAAUUACAGGCAGUGGUUAUUGGAAGCCAUUGGGUGACGAUGAAUCAAUCAUUAGCAAAGCUGGAAAAACAGUUGGUAUGAAGAAAUGCUACAUGUUUUACAUUGGAGAACCUCCAGCCGGUGACAAAACAAAUUGGAUAAUGCAGGAAUACAGGCUAUCAGAUUCUGGUUCUAGUAGUAGAUCAACAUCCAAACGAAGAGGAAAUUCAAAAAUAGUAAGUACAAUGAUUAUAGAAAAUGGGUCAUAUGCCAAGUAUAUGAGCGCAACUUGGAUGAUGAUGAUGGUGGUGAUGAUGACAAUGGAAUAGAGCUCUCGUACUUGGAUGAAGUUUACUUGUCGUUAAAUGAUCUUGAUGAAAUUAGUUCGCCAAAUUAGAUGGAUCUAAAUAGGCUAAGACAAUGAUUUAUCAUAUAUAUAGGAUUGCACUAUUUUUGUCAUUAGCAACAAUCUUUGAUAUGUACAACACCUGAAUGGACAUUUAUGUUUUAUUAUGAAACUUCAAUUACAAGAAAUAAAUAAAUAAAUAAAUAAAAAUAAAAAAUAAAAAUAAAAAAAAUAAAUUGCAGUUGAAGCAAUUAAUAAAGUCAAGCCCAUGUGACCCAAAUCAUGCCAAGAAUAUCGUGGAUUGAAUGAAAUAUGUGCCAAACUGGUGGUUUGUGGUGUGGCACUGUUAUUGAUGAUAUUGUUGGGUUCACUUUUUCAUUUUAUAUAGUGUGAAAUUUGUGUUCACUUGAUGGUAUUAUCGGGUUCAUUUUAGAUGCAUUUUAUUGGAAAGGUUAUAGCCCUAUUGUGUGGGAGUAGGGAUGG